GUUUGAUUGGUAGUUGUACAAACAGCAGCUAUGAAGACAUGGCUCGAUCUGCCAGCGUAGCACAGCAAGCCCUAGACCACGGUCUAAAAGCUAAGUCACAGUUCACAGUCACUCCUGGAUCCGAACAGAUUCGUGCUACCAUUGAACGUGAUGGCCAAGCCAAAGUGUUGAGAGAAUUUGGAGGUGUUGUACUAGCCAAUGCUUGUGGACCUUGCAUAGGACAGUGGGAUAGGAAAGAUGUUAGUAAGGGGGAAAAGAAUACUAUCGUGACCUCGUACAACCGAAACUUCACAGGAAGGAAUGAUGCCAACCCUGCAACUCACGCUUUUGUUACAUCACCUGAAAUGGUUACGGCCCUUUCUAUCGCAGGACGGUUAGAUUUCAACCCUCUGACAGACGAGGUGACCGGAGCUAAUGGGCAAAAGUUUAAACUAAAAAGUCCGUAUGGUGACACCUUGCCGAUGCAGGGAUUUGAUCCCGGUGAAGAUACCUAUGUAGCUCCACCAGAAGAUGGCUCUAAUAUAGCCGUAGAUGUUGAUCCCAAGAGUCAGAGACUUCAGCUUCUUCAUCCAUUCGACAAAUGGGAUGGCAAGGAUCUUGUUGAUAUGGUGAUCUUGAUCAAGGUUAAAGGCAAGUGUACAACUGACCACAUUAGUGCUGCUGGACCGUGGUUGAAGUUCAGAGGUCACCUUGACAACAUUUCUAACAAUAUGUUUAUUGGUGCCAUUAAUGAAGAAACAAAUGAGGCUAAUAAUGUUAAGAAUCAUCUUACUGGAGAGUUUGGUCCUGUCCCUGAGACUGCCAGAACGUACAAGGCUAAAGGUGUCAACUGGUGUGUUAUUGGAGAUGAAAACUAUGGUGAAGGAAGUUCCCGAGAACACGCUGCACUUGAACCUCGGCAUCUCGGGGGAAGAGCCAUCAUCGUAAAGAGUUUUGCCAGAAUUCAUGAAACUAACUUAAAGAAACAAGGAAUGUUACCGCUUACUUUUGAAAACCCAGCGGAUUAUAACAAAAUCAGACCAAAUGACAAGGUUUCGCUUUUAGGUCUUAAAGAUUUAGCUCCCAGCAAGCCUGUUAAGUGUGUUGUCAAACAUGAAGAUGGAACCAAAGACACCUUCAAUCUCAUGCACACAUUCAAUGAAACCCAGAUUAGCUGGUUCAAGGCAGGCAGUGCCCUAAAUCACAUGGCAGAAGUAAUGAAAAAGUUGUAGUCAAGAUAGCCACUGUUUAAUUGGAUACGAAUAAAUGUCUGGAGCUAUGUUUCAGCAUAGGACUAUUUAUUCUGUCAUUAGAUAUAACAAAAUCACUUAGGUUCAAAAAUGGUCUACAAAUCCAAGUUUAUCAGAGCAUCUUUUAUUCAUUGUAAUGUAGUUACUACCUCGGUUUACGUUCGUAUCCAAGAGUAACAGAGUAUGUUUUGUUCAUUGUAAUGUAGUUACUACUUCGGUUUACGUUCGUAUCCAAGAGUAACAGAGUAUGUUUUAUUCGAGAAUGUAUGUUUUUUAUCUUGGUUUAUGUUCUAGUCUUUAAAAUGCAAUAUAUGUAAUCCAGGCCAGUAGUUUGUUUUAAGGUAUUGUUUAUUUUACAUGACAAAGAGAUACAACAAGUAAAAAAAAGUACUUUGUGUUCAAGUAUUUAAAUAGUAAUAAUUUUUUUACUUUCAUUGGUCAACAUCAGUUAUAUUUCUGGAACAUGUCUACAGUCAUAUACAAUUGUAGGUAAACACAUAAAUACUGUGUAAAGUGAUGUAACGUAAAGUUAAGAACCUUUAUUACAGAACAAAAAGUUUAUAUGGAAACCAGAUGCUGUUCUAUCAUAGUCUACGUAAACUUUAUUUUAGAUUCAUAUAUAACUUUAUAUAGAUCGUAGACCAACAUUACAAAACAACUUUCUAGGAAAACACAAGAAAUUAUUAUUAGCUACAGAUCAUUUUAUGUAAACAAAUUCUUUGUUAGCGAUUUUAUAAUCUGUAAAGAUUUUAUUUAAUGAUUGCCAGAACAUUUUGUUGUAUAAACUAGAUAGAUGUUUCAUCUGGUGAUUAGAAUAUUUGUCAAUGAAUAAAAUAUUAGUAAUUCUUUAGAA